AAGCGGACUUAAAAUUAAAAUCGAAACGAAAAGUUUCUGUGAAAUCGGAAAGAAGGCCGUGGAAGGAGAAGGACAGAGAUGUCGAGGACGCUGGUGCAGCCGAUAGGGCAGAAGAGGUUGACGAACGUGGCGGUGGUGCGUCUGAGGAAGCAUGGAAAUCGCUUCGAGAUCGCCUGCUAUCCAAACACGGUCCUUUCCUGGCGUUCUGGCGUGGAGAAAGAUCUGGAUGAAGUAUUGCAGUCGCAUACCGUCUAUUCAAAUGUUUCUAAAGGAGUUCUAGCAAAGUCAAAGGAUUUGGUUGCUGCCUUUGGGACUGAUGAUCAGUCAAGGAUAUGUUUAGAGAUUUUAAAGAAAGGAGAGCUUCAGGUUGCUGGGAAAGAGAGGGAAUCUAUUCUUUCAAAUCAGUUCAGGGAUAUCGCAACCAUUGUUAUGCAGAAGACAUACAAUCCUGAAACUCAACGUCCUUACACAAUCAAUAUGAUUGAAAGACUAAUGCGCGAAAUACAUUUUGCUGUCGAUCCAAACAGCAGUUCAAAGAAGCAGGCGCUGGAAGUUAUUCAAGAGCUUCAAAAGCACUUUCCAAUUAAACGGUGUCCACUAAGAAUACGAGUUGCUGCUCCAGAGGAGGAAGUGCGUACACUGCUAGAUAAGCUGAAUGCUUGGAAGGCCAGCAUCAUUUCCAAAGAAGCAUCUGCUAAUCAGUUGUCCAUUGUAUUCGAAUUGGAACCUAGCCUAUAUAAGGAGUGCCAUGACUUCGUUAUGAACAACGUGCAUGGAAGAUUCGAAGUUCUUGCACACUCUCUUUAUGUGGAUGGUGACACCCAAGUGGAACAAUACAAUGAUCACGAGGAUCUGCCUGCUCCGUUGCCUAAAGAUACUCGCGAGCCUGUGCUUGAACUGAAUGAAAAACUUGAGAAGCAGACAAUAUCUGCCAAGGGCGGACCGAGUGAGGGGCAACAGAAGCAAAACAAGUGCAACACAUGUAAUGCUUCUUUUGAAAAUCCUAUGCUGUAUAGGGAACACCAUAAGAGCGAGUGGCACAAGCACAAUAUGAAGCGCAAGACUAGGCAACUUCCUCCCCUUAGUGAGGAAGACUGCAUGGCAGACAUGGAUCUGGGUGACUCUAAAUCUGAUUUGAAGGAUUAUUCUUUUUGAGUGUUCUCUGUUGAUAUGACACUUCAUCACACCACAAUACGCAGUUUUUCUUUUUCUUUCAUUCUUUUCUUCCUUUGAAAAAAUCCAAUACAUCACGAGUUGUCUUUUGUCUAUACUAAGGCCCGACAAAUGCAUUAAAAUA